AUGCCGUCUCCAACCGAUGUAGAGCCCGCGGCGUCGGUAGCGUCAGCGGCGUUAGACAAGGCGGGAGUCUCAGCCCGUCAACCUUCUCGAGGAUCGUACCCUUCAAUAUCCUCAAUAUUAACCACUUCAUCGGAACGCCUUACGAAAGCUGCCCAAGAUGUCCACCCGAUAUCCGAUUCACCAGGAGCCGAAACCGUCCUGUAUCUGGCAUAUGGCUCCAAUAUGAGUGCUAAAACGUUUCUCGGUGUCCGAGGCAUUCGACCUCUGUCGCAGGUGAACGUGGCGGUUCCCAGUCUGCGUCUCACGUUCGAUCUCGCUGGAGUACCUUACAUGGAGCCAUGCUUCGCGAACGUGGGAUUUCGAAAUGUGCCAGACCAGAAGAAGAACACUCAGGCCGAAUUGAUUCACCAGGAUAUGGAAUGGGACGGAGGACUCAUCGGUGUGGUGUAUGAAGUUACUCAGGAGGACUACAGAACCAUUCUGCGCACUGAGGGUGCAGGCUCCAGCUACAAGGAGAUUGUCGUUCCCUGCUAUCCCAUCGCGCCGAAGGAAAUAUUCCCCAAGGGACCUACGCCUUUUCUCGCAAGGACGUUAUACGCAGCUUACACAUCGAACGCGAAUGACGAUAGGAGUUGGUGGCAGCACCUCCUCGAUGGGCGACAAAGACCAGACCCUGAUUAUGCUCAGCCCAGCUUACGUUACCUGAGCCUACUCCGGGAUGGUGGAAGGGAACACGACUUGCCUACCAGUUAUCAACAGUAUCUUGCAUCGCUGCAUCCGUAUUUUGCAACAACAUGGGCUCAGAAAGUUGGACAAUAUUUAUUCAUUGCUCUCUGGGCUCCGUUGUUGAUAUUCUAUCUCAUCACGUCCAGAUUCUUGGCGGAUGAAACUGGCAAGCUCCCACCAUGGCUUGCAGGUGGCGUGACAUCGAUAUUCAACAUGAUGUGGAUGUCGUACGACGCUGUAUUCAAGUCCAUAUUCGGUGAUGGAGAGAGGACCGAGGAGGAUGAGUCGGAUGAAAGGAAAUCGCUCCUAGGUAAUCGCAAAGCAUAG